AUGUCGGGUUCAAAUUCUACAGAGGCCAACGGGCGGUCCAUGGAAUCGCGAGUUGGCAGAAGUAAACAACGCUACAAUGCCAAAGGCUUUAGGCUCGUUGCCGGCGUCGUUCCCCUCUCGCCGGACCAGGAAUUCGUCUUGCUAAUACAAUCGACCCGGCGCAAAGGCUGGGUUCUACCCAAGGGCGGCUGGGAGAUUGACGAGUCGUGCCAAGAGGCGGCCGUCCGCGAAGCUUGGGAGGAGGCCGGCAUCACCAUUCAGGUCGAGUUUGACCUUGGCGUCAUCGAGGAGCUGCGCCCCCCGAAAAUGUCAAAGGACCAAAGCCAGUACUACUUUUUCCAGGGCACAGUGCAGAGCCAGUACGAGGAGUGGCCUGAGAGCCACAAGCGCGAGCGCAAGUGGUUCACCUUUGCCCAGGCCAUCGAGGCUCUAGCGGCCCGACCUGAGUUGCAAGAAGCCCUGAACCGCUCUGCGAUUAAGAGAAAAUAG